AUGAAUGCUGGUCCUUCCCCUCUGCCUCAAUCAGCGCUGAUCCAAGCCGCCCAGUCGCUGCUCUCCUACUCGGAAACACCGGGCAUGGGCAUCGCCGAGAUCUCGCAUCGCUCAAAGGCCUUCGAGAAAGUCCUCGCCGCAGCCAACGCCGAUCUCAAACAACUGCUGCAGAUACCCGGCAACUACAAGAUAUUGUGGAUGCAAGGCGGUGGAUUGACCCAGUUCGCAGCCACGGUCGUCAACCUUGCGGCGUGGUACAGGAUCAAGCACCAGCUCAAAUCAGAAGACCCAGUCCAUGGAUGGUACGCCGUCACCGGCAGCUGGUCCGCCAAAGCACUCCAAGAAGCCGAGCGCAUGGGUCUCACAACGACCAAGAUCGUCGAUGGCAAAAAGAACGGCGCUGGAAAGUUCAAGGGCGUGCCUGCCUCCCCCGACGAAUGGACGAUCCCUGCCCAGUCGGACCCCAAACCGGCUUUCGUCUACUAUUGCGACAACGAGACCGUCGAUGGCGUCGAAUUCCCCUCUGCCGGAACAUCCGCGGCGUUCCCCUUUGACAAGUUCGACAAGGAUAUCCCCAUCGUGUGCGACAUGUCGAGCAAUUUCUUAUCGAGGCCCGUCGACGUCAGCAAGUACGGCAUCAUCUAUGCUGGCGCACAAAAGAACUUGGGGCCCUCGGGUGCGACCGUCGUCAUCGUUCGAGACGAUUUGAUUGGUCAGUUUUGAAGGUGUGGUGAAAUGAGCGAACGAUCGACUGAAACUGAAACUUCCUUCAUCCGUAUGCAGUGGAUCUCGACGAGGCGGUGAAAUACGGUGGGGGUCGAGUCCCUUCGAUGCUGAGCUACAAGCACAUGGCGGCCAACGAUUCAAUGUACAAGUGCGCAUACUUCGGCUAAUCGAGUGUGCAUCUAUAUUUUGACGACGCUGAUACGUGAUCGCUACUCCUAAAGCACGCCACCGACGUUCACCAUCUACGUCUGCUCCUUGGUCCUGCGCUCGCUGCUCGAAUCACCCCCCUACCCUUUCGAAUCCGAGACCGCGGCACCGCUUUCGCCUCUGGCCCAACUCGCCGAUGCCAAAUCGUCACUCGUCUACUCGUUGCUCGACGACGAGACCGGAUUCUACCUUGGCACGGCCCACGCGGCUUCGCGGAGUCGCAUGAAUCCGACUUUCAGGAUCAAGGGAGGGGAGCAGGUCGAGAAGGACUUUGUCAAGUUGGCGAGUGAGAAGGGGAUCAUGGGUGUAGGUGGGCAUAGGAGUGUUGGCGGUGAGUGUUGGACUGUGCUAUGUGCUCAGCUAUUGCGAGCUGCGACUGACGCUGGGUGCGGUGCUCUACAGGUAUCCGAACGUCGAUUUAUAAUGCCGUCACUCUGGCUCAGGUCGAGACGCUGGUCGAGUUUAUGAAGCAAUUUCGAGCCGAACGGCUGUAG